CAGGAAGUGAAAAUACUUCAUUCUCAGGGAUGAUGCGAGAAAUUCACAGGGUUUCUCCUUCAUUUAGUUAUAAUUUAGAUUUCUGUGAUAAAGUUUUGAAUGGAAUAUAAUACGGCUGUAUUAACUGCAUGUGCUCAGUUUGUUUUAUUAUGUUUUAUUGGGAUAAAAGCAGCUGAACCGUCGGGAGGCGGAUGGUCUUCAGACUCAGGCUUCAGACUACAGGAUGAAGGAAAUUGUAACAUCGACAUUUUGGACGGCUUUUCCCUCUCACAUCAACAGUUCAUUGAAAGAUAUGCGUACAGCAGACCGGUGAUCCUCAGAGGUCUGACUGACAACACGAGGUUCAGGUCGCUGUGCUCCAAGGCCAGUUUGUUGGAAGAAUACGGCGCCCGCAAAGUUCGUCUCAGCACAGCGAACACGUUCUCUUACAGGAAAGUGGACAUCCCUCUGCAGGAGUAUGUGGACGAUCUGCUGCGGCCGCAGUCUGCAGACGCACUCGGCAGCGAGACGCUGUAUUUCUUUGGAGACAACAACUUCACAGAGUGGCAGAGUUUGUUUGAGCAGUACGAGUCUCCCCCGUACGUCCUGCCUCGCACCAGCGGAGCGUACAGCUUCGGGAUCGCAGGUCCUGGGACCGGCGUCCCCUUCCACUGGCACGGCCCCGGUUACUCUGAGGUCAUCUAUGGCAGAAAGCGAUGGUUCCUCUACCCGCCGGACAGGGAGCCUCAUUUCCACCCGAACCGCACCACCCUGUCCUGGCUGAGGGACACGUACCCCCACCUGCCUGAGGAGGAGGCUCCGCUGGAGUGCACCAUCAGGCCUGGAGAGGUUCUGUAUUUCCCCGACCGCUGGUGGCACGCCACCCUCAACCUGGACACCAGCGUCUUCAUCUCCACCUUCCUCGGCUGAACUUCUCCUUCGUCGCUCUCUUCAGCCGUCCAAAUUCAUUUUAUUUAAUUAAAUUAAUGGCGGCUGUUACAUCACUUUGUCUCCAUCUGCAGACUGACUGAAGAAAAACAAAUGAUUGUAAUUCAUGUUUGAGCUGCAAGUUUCAGGUUCAUAUUUGAGUCUAAAGAAACACACUUACAUUCCAGGAGAAUCUUUUUAGUUUUUCCUAAUAAUGAUAAAGCAAUAAAAAGUAUUUAAUUAAUAGUAUUUAAUGCCCAAACAAGCUGUCGGGAUCAGAUGGUACUACAUUUUAAUAUUAUGUCAUAUCAUUUGUAUCACUCUUUCUUGAAGCACACGUUGGGGAAUAAAGAUGGCUGCCAGUCAAAUGUUUGCAGAUUAUUUAGGUGGUUCUUUCAACAGAUAAACGAUAAUGUGUUGUUUGCAUCAAAACUCAAGAUGCAAAAAUCAAUUUGUUUUCAUUUAUUUGUUCAUACAUUCAGUGAGUAAAAAAUUAAAAAAGCG